AUGAUUUUGUAUUUGGUAUUUUUUUGCGGUAUUUUUAGCGGGAUUUUGAAUUUUUGUGCGUCGAAAAAGAAAAAGACAAGUGCAUCUAGGGAUACGGUAUCAACUGAGGUGAGUCAGGCGGGUACUGUAGUUUAAAGGGAGGUUCGAUUUUUUAAUUUUCUCAAACUCCACCAAGAUUUCAGACGUCAAUCAACAAUCCGCCAACAUUCUCAAAAAGUCGUCAACAUCCAAUAACUGGUCCAAAGGCGCGUCAACCUUUUAUGAAUCUCAAUAAAACCCAAAAUCCAUCGAUUUCCAUCUCACAAAAUUUGGACGUAAAAACUCAAAGUGCAAGUUUGGAAUUGGCGAAAGAAGAAGCUUCAACUCAAAAAAUGAUAACUGAAGAACAAUCAACGCAAAAAGAUGUGCAAAAAAGUGAGGAAAAAUCAGAAUAA